GGAUGAGAUCCCUGAAACACCUAAAACAUCACUCCAGGAACAAUGCGGCAGAGAAACAAGGCACUGUCUGAAGGAAGCAGACAAGACUCUCCUGGCAUCCUUUGAUGUCAGUUUGGCACACCCAAGCCUAAAGCCUACAGUAUUUCACAAAAGAGGAGGAAAGCGGCCAAAUGGUGCGGACCUACUCAAAGGUGACUGAAGGCCAAAUGGAUGUGGGCACACAGACGGAACCCGUUGUGGUUCUCUCUCUAGCUCAGGCUGCCGUUCUCGGACUCAUUUCCCAAAAUGAAAUUUUCGGGGCCACGAUUGCUCCAAAUGGCUUUUACACAGGGGAGUCCAAAGAAGGUCCACCUCCACCAUCAGAGGCAAUGGAGUACGAGUACGCUGACCAACUAAUAGGCGCCAAUGGAGACUACCUGCCUGAACCUGUUGGGGAACCGGAGCCUCAUGUUAACGCUAGUCAGAGGAGACAGCCAGGCCCACAUGGGAGGACCAAGAGACUCAGGAGUGAUGGGGAGAUGGUAGCAUCAGAGGUUAAAGGUGAACUGAUUGAGUCAGAUACGCCUCCUUCUUGCAUUCACUUGAGCAACAAGUGUCGCCCUGCAAAGCAAGAGGAUGUCAUUGCAAACAAACAAGGUUCUAUGAAGGAAGAGCAGCUCUGCGGAAACUCUCCUUGUGUGAAAGGAACACAAGCAGAUGGAGCGCUAGCACAGGAACAAAAGGAAAGCUCUGGUAGGAACAGGAAGGAAGAGGAGUCAGAGCCAGUAGAGGAGGCUCUAAAUCUUAAGACCAGUCGGGAGACUGCUGAACCUCCGGAGAACAAAUAUUAUGAACCUAAUGAGGCGGCUUAUGAGUCUGCUGACAUGGCGCUGCCCGGGGAGUAUGAAGAGAACGGUCAGGCCAUGCUGUGGUCCGAUCCAGAGGGACUCGCCAGGCGAAUGCAGAUAGACCGACUGGACAUCAACGUACAGAUUGACGAAUCUUAUUGCGUGGACGUGGGUGAGGGUCUAAAACGCUGGAAGUGCCGUAUGUGUGAGAAGUCAUACACAUCCAAAUACAACCUCGUCACUCAUAUCCUGGGCCAUAACGGAAUUAAGCCACAUGAAUGUAUCCACUGCGGGAAGCUCUUCAAGCAGCCGAGCCACCUCCAAACUCAUCUCCUGACCCACCAGGGAACUCGACCUCACAAGUGCACUGUUUGCGAGAAGGCCUUCACGCAGACCAGCCACCUCAAGAGGCACAUGCUGCAACACACCGAUGUCAAGCCCUACAGUUGUCGCUUCUGCGGCCGCGGUUUCGCCUACCCCAGCGAGCUGAGGACCCACGAGAGCAAACACGAGAACGGUCAGUGCCAUGUCUGUACGCAGUGUGGCAUGGAGUUUCCCACCUAUGCGCACCUCAAGCGCCACCUGACCAGCCAUCAGGGCCCCACCACGUACCAGUGCACCGAGUGCCACAAGUCAUUCGCUUAUCGCAGCCAACUGCAGAACCACUUGAUGAAGCACCAAAACGUACGGCCCUACGUUUGCCCGGAGUGCGGCAUGGAGUUUGUGCAGAUCCAUCACCUGCGACAACACGCCCUCACACACAAGGGCAUGAAAGAAUUCAAGUGUGAUGUCUGCGCAAGAGAGUUCACCCUGUCCGCCAACCUUAAGAGACACAUGCUGAUCCAUGCCAGCGUGAGGCCCUUCCAGUGCCACGUCUGCUUCAAGACCUUCGUCCAGAAGCAGACCCUCAAGACGCACAUGAUUGUCCAUUUGCCCGUAAAGCCGUUCAAGUGCAAGGUGUGCGGCAAGUCCUUCAACAGAAUGUACAACCUCCUGGGCCACAUGCACCUCCACGCUGGCAGCAAGCCUUUCAAAUGCCCUUACUGCAGCAGCAAGUUCAACCUGAAGGGCAACCUCAGCCGGCACAUGAAGGUCAAACACGGCGUCAUGGACGGCACGGUAGAAGGACGCGAGCCGCCUCAAGACGCAGAAGGCCAGGAGAACUAUGAGGAGGAGAGCUUUGAAUUCAGCGAGCGAGAGAACCGGGCGAACACCACCACCACCACCAACACACCCGACAUUGCUAAACUGUCUCAAAUGGAGUAUUACAGCGCCUAUGGGAAGGGAGCAGGGCGCUGUAGCACUGCAUGACUUAGCAACAUGAUUUAUUUUAUUUUUUUAAAGAGCUUGUUUUGUUCUUCAGUCUAAACUGCACAUUCAUAUGCACUGGAAUUAGGAAACUACUACUUGUCCAAUUACAUUCACUGGCUUCAAGUAGGUACAACUGCAGUGGUGUAGCACUACAUGUAUCAAGCUAAAGCAGGGGUGUUCAAAGUGUGGCACAGUGAGCCUUUCAUCAGAGAACUUAACAACUGGGGCCUCCCCCAACUAGCCAAAUUAUUUUUUUCGGAACCCAGACUUAGUUUAACAGCGGAACUGAAAAUCAAUUCAUUUAGCCUUUGACAUAAGAAGUGAGCUUAGCAGGUUUGAAACGUUUUUCUUUUUCUUUCAAGCUGCUGCACCCUGAAAACCCUUGAUCUGAAGUAACAAACAAUAGAAACACUCCUCAGUAUGACGCCUUUCAGUUCUACGAGGAUAAUAAAUACAGUACAUCAAAUAGAGGGACUGUCUGCAAUUGUGAUGCGGCCACUAGAGGGUGCUAACUUUCAAAUGUACAGUAUGUACAGUCAUGGCCAAACGUUUUGAGAAUGACACAAGUGUUUGUUUUUUGGUUUUCACAAAGUUUGCUACUUCAGUGUUUUUAGAUCUUACUAUGUUGUUCCCUAAGCCAUUUAGUUAUGUCUUUUGUCUUUGAAAAAGGCAUGGUUCAUCACUAAACUGUUCUUGCAUGGUUGGGAGAAGCUCUCGGAAUUUUUUUUUUCCAUUUUUUUACCAUUUUUUAUUCAUGGCUGUUUUUUUCGGCAAAAUUGUGAGUGAGCCCACUCCAUUGGCUGAGAAGCAACCCCACACAUGAAUGAUUUCAGGAUGAUUUACUGUUGGCAUGACACAGGACUGAUGGUAGCACUCACGUUUUCUUCUCUGGACAAGCAUUUUUUCUGGAUGCCCCAAACAAUGGGAAAGGGCAGUCACCAGAGAAAAUGGUUCUACCCCAGUCUUCAGGAGUCCAAUCCCUAUAUCUUUUGCAGAAUACCAUUCUGCACCUGAUGUUUUUUCCUGGAAAGAAGUGGCUUCUUUGCACUCUUGGCACCUGGCCAUCUUCCAGAAGUCUUCACCUCAGUGUGCGAGCAGAUGCACUCACACCUGGCUGCUACCUUUCCUGAGCAAGCGCUGCACUGAUGGUGCCCCGAUCCCACAGCCAAUCAACUUUUGGAGACAGUCCUGACGCUUGCUGGAAUUUCUUGGGCGCCCCGAAGCCUAUUUCACAACAAUUGAAUCUCUCUCCUUGACGUUCUUAAUGAUCUGAUAAAUGGUUGGUUUAGGUACCAUCCUACUAGCAGCAAUAUCCUUGCCUUUGAAGCCCCUCUUGUGCUAAGCAAUGAUGCCUGCAUGUGUUUCCUUGCAGGUAACCAUGGUUAACAGAGGAAAAACAAAGAUUUGAAGCACCACCCCCUUUUUAAAGCUUCCAGUCUGUUAUUCUCACUCAAUCAGGAUUCAGGGUCCGACUCAUCUCCAGCUUUUGUCCUUGUCAACACGCUCACCUGUGUUAACCAGAGAAUGACUAACAUGAUGCUAAUUGGUGCUUUUGUGGCAGGGCUGAAAUGCAGUAGAAAUGUUUUAUGGGGAUUAAGUUUAUUUUCAUGACAAAGAGCGACUUUGCAAUUAAAUGUCAUUAAUCUUAUCACCAAUUACAUUCUGAAGUAUAUAUGCAAAUUGCCAUCAUAAAAACUGAGGCAACAGACUUUGUGAAAAUUAAUAUUUCUGUCAUUCUCAAAAUUGUUGGCCAGGACUGUAAACUAUGCAUAACAUACACACACACACACACACACACACACACACACACAGGAGCCUUAGCUAAACUCUGGCGGUGUGAAGGUGAUGUAGAUGUCAGAACAUCCUUCUCAUAUUUUCAUAUCUAAAGGCACAGGACAGGUGCAACAUUAAAACAUUUAAAUUAAUAUUGCUUCUCUGGUAGUGCUUCUAUACAUGUACACGAAGCAGCCGCGAGUGACAGCCAUGAACACCAAUCAUCUUACUCAAGUCGGAUGACCAUUUCUAUUCAAUUUAAUUCCAUUUUUAACAAUACAGACCCCCCCAGCCAGUUGCAAACAGUCUCGUUAAUACUUCAGUGAGAGGGUCCAGGCGGGUGUAUGUAAUGAGCUGUGUUUAUUGUUGUUAAAAAAUAUAUAUUUCAAAUUGUAAGUGCACUGCAAGUGUGACUGCCAACGACGGGGAAAUAUGUAAGGUGUCACCAUAAACAUCAUCUGAGCCUAAUGUCAAAAAGCACAUUUGAUAAUACAUGCGUCUUACUGCACUGACAAAUUCAGACAAUCCUGAUCUCUCUCUAUUGUAUGUAAACUAAUAGAAGAGGUUUGAAAGGGGUUAUUACAUAUUUUACUUCCCAAAGCUUAACUUUGGUUGUACUGUGAUAAAUUAAAAAUGAUGUCUGCAAAAUGACCUAAAUGCCACUUGACUUAUAAAUCUGUUUUACUGUAUAUUAUUAUUAUUAUUGUACAGAAUGUCAUCAGUACUCAAUGCACUGACAUCACUAUGUCGACUUUUUUGGUUCUGCAUUAACAUGUCAUCUUUGUGUUGAUCUCUUUCAUCUCAAUGUUAUUGUUUCAGUGGAAUGUUUCAAAAUGCUAUUGGAAAUAGAAAAACUAAAAACAAGUGAGCCAUGCUACCAAAUCUGAGAUAAUCUUGCAGUUUAUGAGCACCGCCACUGUCCGGUUAAGGUGGGACACUGGAUUUCUGUAGGUCCAAUUGCAGACCUUGUGAAAUUGUUUUCAUGUUCUCCUCCCACUCAUUUGUAAUCUCUAGCAGCAGUGAAGCAGCUUCUCUUUCCUCAAAGACGAGGCUUCUGCAUUUUCCAACAGCAAUGGAAACCUGGCUUUUCCCUAAUGGAUGAAUCUCAACAUGGAAUUAUCCUAAAAAAAAAAAAAAAAAAAAGUCAAGACAGAAAUAUUAAGUGCCCUCGUGUGUGUGAGGCCCCCACCAUCCAUCACGUUAUGCGCUGGUCUCAAAGUGAUGAACGACAACCUCCCAACAUGUGACAGGGCCAUGGACCUUGUGGAAAAUAAUUUGGGAAGCAUGCAAUAUAUUGAGUUUUAGGAGAGUUUAGCUUCUCAAAAAACUCACACAUGCAAUGCUGCUCAUUCUUAAAAAAAAAAAAAAAAUUAAAUGCCAAAUUGGCGUGUCUUUGUUCAUUCAGUAAUUUUUUUGUGAUGAAACAUGAAAGGGCUGUUUUGGAAAAAAUUCUAUCCGACUAAGAAUAAGAAUGCCUGGAAAAAAAAACAUAAGUGCAUAGCGGUUUGCAGAUGUCUGGCAGAGAGUGGCUUUCCAACUUAAACGUCUCUUUGUCACAUGCAAAGGAAUUAAAUCACAAAACAUCACAGAAGGAACCAGAUUCCAUGGUGCCGGUGUGCCUCAGGAAAGAAGGUACUGUACAGCAAAAAAAAGAUACAAGUCAUCCUUAGUUUAUUGCGGUUAACUGGUUCCACACCAGACCGGGAUAAAUGAAUUUCCGCCAAGUAGGAUUCAAUAUUAAUGGAAUAUUUUCAGAGUUCAGAGAAUUUCACUCGGCAGGACAGUGACUUUGAAUAAUGUAAAUGGGUUUCUUGUAUAGCACUUUUCCACCUCCAAAGGACUCAAAGCGCUUUGCCCCUGUUAGCACAUUUACCUACUAAUGACAUCAGGAACCACUGUGGGUUCAGUAUCUUGCCCAAGGAUAUUUCGGAGGAUCGAACCCGCAACCUUCAGGAGACGACCACUCUACCACCUGAGCGCUGCCGCCCCCAAACACCCUGUCACGAAGGUUCCAUUGAAAAAUGAAUGGACCAGAGGUGACGUCCAUUAUGUGCAGGACACAAGAGGCAACCACCGCUAUGAAUGUAGCAUGCUAGGGAGCAAACAAGUCAGCCUCCGAAUUGGUUAUUCUAAACUUAAAAGGGUUUGAGAGUGCGGAAGAAUGACAAGGUAAGAAGCCGAAACCGUACCACUUCCACACGGAAUGGGAGAAAAAAAAAUAUUCCCACUAGGUCAUGUCGGAUAUGCUAUGGCUGACUCCAUGCAGUGUGAAGGUAACCUAAUAGCGUCAUCAAUGUAACUUUACUGACACCUAGUGACUAGAAUACUACAUAACCAGUCUUUCAAUAUUUUUUUGACAAAUAGUCCAUAGUCAACCGAAUAACUAAACUAAUGUAGCGAGGUAUGACGGUACUUGCUGAGACCCCUGCCAGUUCUUACAAGGGGAUAGUACCUAAAGAGAAAGCCUGAUCAAAUAGCAUUUUGCUUGAGCUCACCUAAUGGUUGUCAUACUUAUGCUACAGCCAAUCCCCUGCUUAGAGGUUAAUCACGUUACAUAUAAUACACGUGUUGAGAUAUGAGAAUUCAAAACCUACAAAGAGUUAUAAAAAUACCAAUAACAGAAGAUGACAUGACAAGUUAUGACUUGCAAAAGUUAUGACAAUAACAUUUUGUACUGUACAUAAACGGUUUGGUUUUCAAAGACCUCCCAAGAUGUAGUGUGGGUCAAACAAAAGGGUUUAUUGGCAAGUACGAUGGACAUAAGCUGCAGUCUUGCCUCAGGCAUUACACAGUAUUGAAUACAGUACUUCACAUUACAAAAAUAAAACCUUGCAAGACAUUGGACAAAAGAUGUUAGGGAGGCAUUGAGUGGUGGGGCAAAUCUCAAGCCUUUAAUAACCUAAUAAAAGACUACAUAAUUCUAUAGAUAACAAGUAUUCUGUUGUCCUUCAGAUGAAAAUGCGUGCGACUUAAGUGACCUUUUAAGUUAAAAAUGAGGUACAAAAACAGAAGAGACAUUGCCAUCUCCAUCUUAUAGCUAUAGUCUUUUCUUCAAGUGCUUCACUUGCCCAGGGCUUUAUCUAGGUUUGUCUUGAUUGCGUCAAGGAAGUCUGUAGUGUUGACAUAGUGCUCGUUCAGCUUCACGCUGUGUGGGAGAGACGAGACAGAACACAAAACAUGAUAAAAUCGUUAACAUGCUUUAUAUAUUUGAUGGAGAAUCUCUCCCGAUGUUCUGAACUCUUUCAAUGCCAGUGUUAUAUGAGCAGAAUAAUGCCGCCUGUAGGAGUAAUGCCACAGCAGAGGUCUGCAUGGACUUACAGUAGCUUAAGUUCCCCACAGCUGA